AGGGGACGUGGCAGCAGAUUAGGGGAGGGCUUCCAGCUGGAGGCGUGGCAUGGGGCCUGGCUUGAGAACCCAAGGUGGAUGUGGAACCUGAGAGAGCCCGACGAAGGAGGCGGGGUCAAGGACUGGCUGGGGCGGAGUUAGGAUCUGGGGGUGGGCUCACGUCGAGACAUGGACCAAUGAUUGAGGACUGGGGUCCUGAGGACCUAGAGAACCGCCUGCGCGUUCAGUUGGGGUGGUCCGGUUGAAGCCAGAGCUGAGGCCUCUGGUUGUAAGGCUGGAAGGCAUUGCUGUGCCGCACCGGAGGCCAAGCCGCUGCCCAAGAAGUGCGGGGCUUGGCUGGAGCCCAUGGUCCAGCGGCCAACUAGUCGCCGGGGCUGGGGCGGGAGGUUUCAUUGACUCUGGGGCAGGAAAAAGGCUGGAAGUUCCACAGGUGACAUCACAAUCGCCUCCAGAUGUGGGCGGGGCCAGGGAGGCAUUUCCAAGGAAACGGGAGCUGCCCUGCCUUGCUCCGUCCUCUUCCCUCCCUCCCUUCCUUGGUUGCUCCCUUCCUUCCUCCCUCCCUCCGUCCCCAGUUCUGCUACCCGGGUACCCCACCUGAAACCCUACCCCUUGUGCCGCAAGGUCGGGGGGAGCGCCUCAGCUCUCCAGACUGGGAGGAUUCUGUACAAAUGAGCAUCACCUAAGGAGCUCACCAGGGACCAGUAGAAGGAUGACCGAGUGCCACUGAAAGCCCAGCUGAAGUCCCCAAGCAGUCAGCUACCUUCCUUAAGCAGGAUUCAGCUCCAGUACCCCAAAGGACAAAGCUAAGUGGCAGAAAAAGGAAGUGGCAGACUCUACCCUGUGGUUGCUGAUGGAGCUGCUGCCGGUUGGAGUUGUCUUUGGGAACACCCUGGGACAAUUCCUGGAACCGUCCCUUCUUGCCUAGACUCUGGCUCCCUCCUAUUCAUGACUCCAGAUUCAGCUCCUAUUAUGCUUCUUCCAAGAAGGUCACCCCAUCCCCAUCUCAAUAUAAACAGGUUACCCAGCUGGGAGAGAGGACAUCUGCUGGCUGGUGUAGCGUCCAGCACUGAUGCAUCUACCUUCUCCUCUGAAGGUGAAUUCAAGGACACUGACAGGUGCUGCUGGAAACACAGAAAGUGCACCGGGCACAUCAUCCAUCCCUUCACCUCUGACUAUGGCCACCACGACGUGCACCUGCACUGUAUCAGCCACUGUGACUGUGAUUCUAGGCUGAAGGACUGCUCAGAGAAGACAUAUAGCAGUUCUGGAGAUGUGGGCCUAACCUGCUCCCAAGAUGUGGACUCGGCCUGUUUCAACAUCAUCCAGUGCCCAUGCUUUGAGCUCAUCCCAGAGGGAGAGUGUGUGGAGCGGUUCUGGUGUGGCUGCUACAGGCCUGUCUCUGUGGCAGUGAUCCACCAUCCCAUCCACCGUGAGUGCGGGACAGAUGACCUAAACCAAGAAGAGGAAGAGAAGGAGGAGGAGGAGGAGGAGGAGGAGGAGGAGGAGGAGGAAGAAAGCAAGCCUCCCAUCCCGACCCAGGUGGGGCCCCCUGCCCUCCUCACCAACACAGGUAUGGGCAUGGUCACAGGUACCCCUGACUUAGCAACUCCCAUCACCAUCUGGCGUUCCGAAAGCCCCACAGGGAAGUCCCAGGGCAAUAAGAUGAUCAAGAAGAUAAAGAAGAAAAAGGGAAAAGAGAAAGACAAGAAGGAGGAGACGGAUGAAAAAGCAAAGGUGAAGAAAAAAGUCAAGAAGGGCAAGUUGACUAAGAAGAAAAGCCCAGUUAAAUCAGAAUCACCUCCAGACUUAAGCCGAUCGUUAAGCCCAAGAGAGUUGGCCAGGAUGUCAGAGUCCAGCCCAGACAGCUGGCGAGAUCUGGACAGUUACAAUGACCCUGGGCGGGAGGAACCCUCCAGUAAGGAUAUUGUGGAGUCUUUAUCACCCAGGAAGAGAGAGAAGAACGGGGUCCAGGCCACGAAGCCCAGGAUGAAGACCUCACCAGUCAAGAAGGUCAACAUGAGGAAAUAUCCCCCAGCAUCAAACCCCAAUCUCAGUUGAGGCCAGGGUGACCAGGGCGAAGAAUAAAUACGGUCAAACCUGUAGCUGACCCCCUGCUUCUCUCUCCCUCCAACCUGGCUAUUUCGGGGGGGGGGGGAGGGGGCAGCAUCUGGGCAUAACUGGAGCCAAGGGGCUAAGGAGCUGCAGGUGUUUCUGAAGGGCAAUCCGUCUUUCAAGAGGAAGCCCAGAGAAGGCAGGUGGGAGGGCAGGGAAGGGGCACAGCCCGUUUCUCUGUAACAUCUUAGGUCCAGGGCAGGAGAAGAGCACCUCUGGGUGGGAAGGAGGCUUCCUGUCUACUGGGAGACAGGUCUGUGCAAAAUCCACUUGGUGAUAGGCAUUGUGUGCAGUGAUACCACUAAUAAAUUGAACCUUUUAACCCACUCUGUGCUGCCUUGCCUGGCCUUUCCCUACUCUAAGUGGCCCUGGGGCAGGUGCUGGUGGCAUCAAAACGAACAUGAUGAACCUUCCCAGCUGGUGUGGCCCUGCUCCUGCUAGGCCCUUCUAGGCCUUUUGUGCUGAAUUCCUGUCAGAAGGCCAGCCCCUUCCCCCAACUCUUGCCAACAAACAGCCAAAGGGAUCUUGAAUGAAGGAAAGCAAGGCGGGAAGCUCUCCAAGUUUGGGCAGCAGUGGCCUUUUCUGACUUCUCUGCUGAGCCCCAAGCAGAGGAAAGGAAGGGGGAAAGCUUUGCUUUCCCAGAGCUGACAGGCAAAGCUCUGAGGUGAAGCCCUAGUGAAGAAACACAGGGAGAUCAGUCCAGAACAAAAGAGGCAAUGGGGCUCGGGGAAGCGACUAGUCAGCUCUCUUCGUCAGGGCUUUGUGUGUGUGUGGGACCAGGUGAGUGGGGCGCC